AUGAAAUAUGCUGAGUUUGAAGACUUCAGUAUGGAAGGGAUAUACAAAUAUCUCGAGAGGUGUUUUUCAGACUUCAAGCAGAGAGGCUUUGUUGUUGGAUACGAUACACGAGGUCAGGUGACCAGCAACUGCAGCAGUAAGAAACUUGCAAAACUCACCGCAGCAGUCCUGCUUGCUAAAGAUGUUCCAGUGUACUUGUUUUCAACUUAUGUCCCUACACCUUUUGUGCCCUAUGCUGUUCAGCAGCUCAAAGCUGUUGCUGGCGUAAUGAUUACAGCAUCCCAUAACCGUAAAGAGGAUAAUGGAUAUAAGGUGUAUUGGGAAAAUGGAGCUCAGAUCACAGCUCCUCAUGAUAAGGAAAUUCUGAAAUGUAUAGAAGAAUGUGUUGAGCCAUGGAACGGUUCUUGGAAUGAGAAUCUAGUAGACACUAGCCCUCUGAGACGAGAUCCUCUGGAGAAGAUUUGUGACAGUUACAUGGAGGAUCUGAAGAAGAUCUGUUUUCACAGGGAGCUGAAUGCAAAGACCAGCUUGAAGUUCGUGCACACAUCUUUUCAUGGAGUUGGACAUGACUAUGUACAAUUGGCUUUUAAAGCAUUUGGUUUUAAGCCUCCCAUUCCAGUACCUGAACAGAAGGAUCCAGAUCCAGACUUUUCUACUGUCAAAUGUCCAAAUCCUGAAGAAGGAGAAUCUGUGCUGGAGUUGUCUCUGAAGCUUGCAGAGAAUGAGAAUGCCAGGGUGGUAGUGGCCACAGAUCCCGAUGCAGACAGAUUGGCAGUGGCAGAGCUACAAGAGAAUGGUCGCUGGAAGGUGUUCACUGGCAACGAGCUGGCAGCUCUGUUUGGAUGGUGGAUGUUCUUCUGUUGGAGAGAGAACAGUUCCAAGGACGCUGAUGUGAAGAACGUUUACAUGUUAGCAACCACCGUGUCCUCAAAAAUUCUCAAGGCGAUUGCACUUAAGGAAGGUUUUCACUUUGAAGAAACACUACCUGGUUUUAAAUGGAUUGGAAGCAGAGUGAAAGAUCUCCUAGACAAUGGAAAAGAAGUUCUUUUUUCAUUUGAAGAGUCUAUUGGUUUCCUGUGUGGCACUUCAGUGUUGGAUAAAGAUGGCGUGAGUGCAGCUGUGGUGACAGCUGAAAUGGCAUCCUACCUGGAAACCAAGAACCUAACAUUGGCGCAGAAAUUAAUUGAGAUCUAUGAACUGUAUGGAUAUCACAUUUCAAAGACCUCCUAUUUCUUGUGCUAUGACCCUCCUACUAUCAAGAGGAUAUUUGAAAAGCUUCGGAAUUUUGAUGCUCCAAAAUCCUAUCCAAAGGCUUGUGGUCCUUUUAAUAUAUUGCACAUAAGGGAUGUGACCACUGGCUAUGAUAGCAGCCAGCUUAAUAACAAAUCAGUUCUGCCUGCGAGUAAGAACAGUCAGAUGAUCACCUUCACGUUUCAGAACGGCUGCGUUGCCACUCUCCGCACAAGUGGAACUGAACCAAAGAUAAAGUAUUAUGCGGAGAUGUGUGCUCCACCCGGACAAAGUGACAAAACCUUUCUGGAAGAGCAACUACAGAAACUCAUUGAAGCUUUGGUUGAGAAUUUCCUUGAGCCCAGUAAGAAUGGACUGAUCUGGCGCUCUGUUUAGUUUGCUUCUGGUUGGUUAAAGAAGUGACUCCUUGCACUGCAUCACGUGGAACAAAGAAACCAAGAACAGAAGACCUUCAUUUAGCAUUCAUUUAAUAUAUGUGUGUGUUAUUAACUGGCUAAAUUCUUAAGACCUAUAAAGAAGUAGCAUCUUUUUGUCAGUUUUCUUACAAAAAGGCAAGCCUGCCUGACUGAUUUGAAAGGAGCUGAUGUUGUUUUCCUGUUCUUUUGACCAAAAACACAUUUGCAUUAGUGGAAAGCAAUUAACUUUAAAACGAAGGACUCCAGAAGGGUCACGACAGCUAAACCCUAUGGUUGCCUGAGCCUGUUGGGUUUCAUGUUCACCUAACUUCAAAUACCUUAGCAAUUUUUGGUUUGAAAGACUACAUCAGAAAGCUCUGUUAGUCGGAAGGGAAUAAGCGAUCGCAUCAGACUGACAAAAGAAGCCUGCUUCUUCAUAGCUGUGGUGUGAGUGUAGGUAUCAUCUACUGUUACAGGUCUUAAUUUACCAAGUAUGAUAAAAUAGAGUUCCUAAGUAGGAUUUCUAGUUUAGGCAAGUGGUUACAGUAUAAUUUGUAGCUAUUUAAAUAUCCUUCUGUUAUCAAAGGUGCUCUUGGUGCAUUGUAUCUCUUCCUGUGUGUAUCUUAAGGAAAUGUUUACUUGACAGUGAAACAACAGUGGCAAUCCAUGCAAUGCUAUUUGCAGCUUGGUUUUGAUUGGUCUAACAGUGCCUUUCCUAGGGCUUCCACGUGAGAGAGAAAUUGGACUAUAUUUUGGGAUUCAAUUAGUCAUUCUAGCCCCCAAAGGUCUAUUGAGCAUGAUGUUAAUCCAUUUAGGUUUCAUCCACUUCAUAAACAUCCUCCAGUUUUCUGAAUCUCAGUCCUUAUCUGAGAUGAGAAGCAUGUGGGGUUUUGGGGUUUUUUUAAAAGGCAGACUUAAAAAGAAGUCUUGGGAAUACAGAGACUUAAACCCUGGGGGAAUUUCCAUAUAACUGCUUUAAAUUGUGCUGUCCCUGUACUGUUCUUAUUUGUGAGAAAGGGAACUAAGGGAAAUGAGACUGGGGCUGUGAAUAAUGACCCCCUUACUCAUUCUCCUCUUCAUGGUUUACAGUUUUACUUGCUGGCCAACCCCUUGUGGUGUCUGCAUCCCUAUCCUCCCUAUACAAUCACUUUAUUGUAAGUUUUUUAGCUACUACUUAUAAUUAACAACUGGUCCCUUCUGCUCUGCCUGGAACCUGAUACUGCUAAUCCCAGUUGAGACCAGUUAAAAACGCUAAAGUAGCCUUUAAGAAAAACAUGCCUUUCAUGUUCUGAAUGUAGGAUGGCUUUGGAAAGCUCCUUUAACACCUGAAAAAGGGUUUACUGCUUAGCCUGUUCCUUUGGUGCCACAUCAUGAUGGUCACUAAAUCGACCGCUAAAUCACUGAUUUAUAAACCUUUCACAAUAAGGAUAGUCAUGCUCUGGACUCCUAGCCAAUACGGCCCUAAAAUAAGUAACUAGAUCAAAUAGACACGGAAAACACCCGUGUACUUCAUCUGCCUAAACAUGGCUAUAAGACUCCUCCGGGUUUUUUUGGUGAAGCUACUUUUAAAUGGGUGUAUAGCCACGUUUAUGUAGCCCAAGAGGCACUUCAGUUUAAACCAAUGUUUUGCCACUGUUGCUAAAUCUUUGACUGUGUCCUCCACCUUAUUAUACCCUUAUAGCUGGACUUCAGAGGGCUGUGCAGAAUGGCACCACAUGUUUCUCAGCUAGGCGGAUGUAAAGAGUACCGUGUAUCUGUGCGGGUAUUGGAUAUUUCAUGCUGACCGAAGCUUUGCACUAUGACCGUAAAUAAGUAUUUUAGUUGUAUAUGAAUGUACGCAUACUGCAGGAAGUUUUGUCUGUGUUGCACAAGUUCUUAUUUACAAGCAAUAUUUAUUUAUUUUUAUUUCAAGAGAAAAGUGAUUUCCAAGCUGUCUGCACCGUUGAGUGAAAUGUCUGUAAUGCCAAAAAGGGUAAUUUGUUGUUGUUUUUUUGUAUAUUUGAUUGCUGUAGUGGAGGCAAAUGGGUGAAAGCAAUUGAUCUUGAGCGCUCAUGAUAUAUUGCACGGCAUGGCGGGAGGUACCCGUGAGAUGGGAGAAAAUCCUCUGUAGCUUGCCGCUUGGUGUUGAAUUUCCAUAGAAGAAAAGAUUCGGGCCCUGCUGAAGUGAGUGGAAUUUUUGCCAUUCAUUUCGCAGGCAGUAGGUUCAAACCGCUCUGGGGUUUUAAUCUAUUUAGUAAUUCGGAAGAGAACAACUCAUUUUGGUGUGGCAUGAACAAAGCUAAACAUUGCAGAAGAAGCAAAUAGCGUUGUGUUAUGUGGUUGGCCAGCUCUGCAUACAGCGUAGCCGAUGCUUGAUGAAAACUGAGUGCCUCUGGCAAAGAGCUGAGCACUUCUCCCAGUUUAAAUCAGGCCCCAGGGCUGCACUUUCAGUUAGCUGGAUGUCCUAAACACAACAGAAAGCUGUUUUGUGAUAGACAUUCAAAUCUACUUCCCUAGGAGCCCAUUAGCCAAGUGUGGUCUGGAUCUCAUCCGCUUAAUAGAGGAUGGAAACAUCUUAGUGCAUAUAGUCUUAAAUGCUUAAAAGAUUAAAAAUUGGGGUGGUAGGGGCAUGGAGGGGGCUGAGCCUUAACAAAUCUGAGAAGUUGAGUAUCUGGUUCUCUUAAUUCACAGGCUCACCCCCCUCCCUUCGUCCUUGAGCAGUACGGCGUGGAAGUAGUAUUGCUUUGGGAGUGUCGGCGACUGACUCCAGGAUGAAUGUGUUCUAAGGGUAUAAUAAUUAUUGCUGUUCAAAUUGCUGCUACCAGUAUUUUCCACUGAUGUCUCUGUAAUGCUUGACGUAUCCAUACUAUUCCAUUGGAGGAAGACUUUUCCUUUGUCUUGCCUUUGCAUCACCACCUCCCUACUUUUGUUACUGUGAAAUGAUGUCAUUCUGUUACCUCGCUGCCGAGUAACUUUUGCUGUGCCACUGUGCUUCCAAGUGCUUUGGACUUGUGGACUAUUCUUACUAGCUUUUGUUUUCACUGUGUGAGAAGGGGAGCGAUCCUUGAGCUGAUCAACCCCUUCUGGUUUCGUCUUGAUGUUUGACUCCGCUUUUUCCUGUUUUUAUAAUGGGUUUGUGUAGAGGAAAUCCUCAUGUUGCAGCUGUAUGACAGCCAGUGAUUUGUGUUUGGCAUUUGAUAAGUUUGAGGGUGGGGGGAGGGUUGUUUUGCACUGCUACAUACGGAGGGGUUGAUCCUGUCUCAUUCUAGUUCUCUGGCAAAAUCCCCCUGGCUCCCAUGGGACUAGGAGAUGGCCCCAGUAGCACAGGAAUUGCCAGCCAAUUUCAAAUAUUUAUAAUACACCUUUUGUACUUACGUCUAGGCCCCUAUCUCAUUCAGGACAGGAUGUUCUGUUCACUCAGUAGAAACAAAAUCAAGACCUGUUGAUCACUUCAAGUGGGGUUCACACUGCUGCUCUCCAUAACUGGGCAGUACUUCUAGCUGCGGCAGGAGCAGAUAGAGAAAGCUCCUGAAUGUAGGUCCUCCUGCCUGGAAGCAACACAGCGAUGCAACGCGGACAACCUGCCAGUCGGUUGUAGAGCAGAAUUUACUCCCCUGCUCUAUGUGCACCGGGUGUGUUGUUUUGCCAUCAAAUUGGGAAUGAAUAAAUAGAAUACAGUUAAUUUUAAGCUCUCCUCAACCUCCUUGAACCCACCAGAAUUCACUCUUAGACCCAGUAAAGUGUGAAUGGGAAUCACGUACUGGGGUCUGGCCGACAAGAUCAGGCCAAUGCUGAAUGCCCCGUUAAAUGUAAAGCUGUUUGUGGCACCUCAGGCCUUUGUGCAUGAGCAUGUAGGAGCUUAAUAAAUGGAAACCAGCCCAGGGCAGGAGCCAGAAUAAAGUAGUUCUACGCUCGAUCGAUCUUCCAAGCCAUUAACAGCAACUCACUUGCUUUGCACUGAGUUUAGCAAGCUGCCCAGUUUUCCUUUGUGGGCUCCGAAGAGAGCCUUUUCUCCCUUAGCACAGAGGAUGCAGGAUACAGCUAACUUUGUUUCAGCCUGGGACAGCAGUAAUGUGUGAGGGUCCCCGUACCCGCAAAGGGCUGAUCGAGACUGGUUUUUCAACUGUCCCUGCAUCUCUGCGGGCAGGAUGCCAUUAUAACACUGCUAGCCCUGGUUCUGCAGUACUUGAAUAGGACCAGUCCCUUUUCAUACCACUCCACACGUGCCAGACUGCUACCCUCCUGUGGUGUUCAUCAGAGCAUUCAGAUUGGCACCCCUGAUCCCAAAGGGGUGUUUCAGAAAAACACCCUCACUGUGUGCAGAUGUGGCCUCGAAGCUCCAGCACCAGCACAAGCUUUGGCGUAGUCACUGCUGCUUUCAGGCACAGCCAAGCUGCUGCUGUCACAGUAGCAAAGUAACCCCUGAGCGCCUAAAGCUGUGAGCCCCAGUCCUAAAACUGGCCGGGCAGAGGCCCAUUACAGCACAGGGUGCCUGCGUGCCCUCACCAGGGACAACCUGCUCGCUGUGACACCAUCUAGGAAAUGCCUGUGGCUGUGGUGGUAGGAUCAUUUGCCAAGACGCUUCUCUCUCGAUACGGAGGCGAUCGGUUGAUGUAAUACAUGGGGGGCCCAAGACACAGCCAGCGUAGUUUCAUUGCAGGGUGGUGUGUGAAGCUUGUGUAGCAGAGCUACGCUCCCCACACCACUGUGCAGCACAGCAGUCGUAACCCCAGCUGCAUGGCGAGGGUCACAGGUUGAGAUCAGCAGUCCCCCCCCAGCAAGGGGGAUUCCUCCUGCCCCCUUUCCAAGCCUAGCUCCUGGUUCUUGCCACUUGGGGAAUCUUUUUGCCAUUAAAAGGGAAAUUAUUAGUCCUAAAAUUUAAGUUCCUCCCUUUAUCAGCACUCCUGGUGCCUGUAAGUCUGAAUGACUUCAAGAAGCACCUGCUACAAGCAGGCGAGCUUUUCCUGCUCCAAUGAAGGGAAGGAGACAUGGUGAAGCCUGGAUACUGAAAGCCUAAUCCUGAUUCCAGGUCCAUAUUCAGCUAUUUCCCUUGCAUGCUCAGUAGCUGAUUCUUCUAAUAGUACCCAUGAUAUCUGAAGUAGCAUUGUGCUCCUGAUGUAGACCCUUAGAGUUUCAGAUCUGUACCUGUCUUUGUUACCUAUCCUAUAUCUUUUUUUUUCCGUUUAAGAUAUUAGGGUGUAUUAUAAAUGCAGACUGAGAAUUUGCACUUUUCUGUAUGUAUUAUUACGUGGACUUAGCUGAAUGAAGUGUUGUAAUAAAACGUUCUCUUCGUAGUA